AUGUGUAAGGAAACGUUAUGUUAUCCAUGUGCUCUGCGCAUGUCCAUGCUUUUCCACUUCUCCCCUCCAUUGAAUUAUCAACAUCGACACAACCCUGGUGCGGGAGGAAGUACAGUGGGAAAUACGAAUGGGUGUCCGAAUGGUGAAGAUGCUCAGUCGAAACCUCACCUGGAUGAUACACACCAUUCACGUUUCAUUAUUGUACAUGAAACCGCUGAUAGCGCAUGGCGUUGGUUUCGUGCGAAACGACGAUUUUCUCAAAGUGCCUGUGAAAGUAGCCCUGAUGGAGCGCUGAGCACGGCGGUGGACGUUGUUUCUGUCGACAAGGAAAUGAGCACGCCGCGCUCUAUUCCGUGGCUCUGUGUAGCGUGCUUUGGGCUCUACCAGUUUAUGGAUCACAUCCACGCACCGACGGUGGCGGUUAAGAUACGACAGAGCCCUUUUACGGAUUCGAACCAGAUAUCAAUAAACAUUAAUGUUAAUAGGAGCUUGACCUUUACGUGGUUGGCAGUGGCGACUAGGUACUACAACAGGUCUGCCACUAUGACUGAGCGACCAUCUCCAUCAGCGAUCAUCCCGGAAGAGUUUUCAAAUUUUAAGGAGCUUUACAUGUCAGAUUUACGUGCACGUGUGUUACAGUACCUCAUCCACCCUCAUUCCGAGAUUAUUACACCAAAAAGAGUAUCUAUUCAAGGAUUACCGGUUUAUUUGAAACUACUUGGUGUGAAAAACGAUUCUAUGAAGUCCAAAGCGGAUGAAAACGAAGAACGAAAGGAAAAAGUUCAACGAGUGGAGAUCACAAAGGAAGAAGGCACUACUUGUACUUGCCCUCAAAAAUUUACUUACGACACGAAUAACGAGCACGUGGUGUGUGAUGUGUAUUGUUGCCAUCAGCCUACAGAAUCCCUCCUCACACAGGCUGAUUUUCCCAAGCAUUACGCGAGCAAUAAAAGCGGUGGCAUGGUUUUAACCUAUUCUGUCAUCUACGAGCAUGUCAUGCCGCACUUGCAAUCUAUUGGAUGGGCUUCUUCUUCUUUAUCUGAGGAGGGUGUCACUAAUGUUCGGGAAAAAGCUCGAGAGGCCGCAAUGAUGACUAGCACUAUCACCCACUCCAACAUUUAUUUGCAGGGUAAUUACCGAAAAAUGCAACGCAAUUUAUCACAGUCGCCUUGGUUUGUUAAUGGCUCACGUGUUGGUUCUUUUUCAUUGCAAGAGAUCAUUGCAGGCCCGAUCUUACCCUUUUUUUUCCCGGAGGGUGUCACGGCUUUAAAUAGUUCCACCGGAGGUCCAAAUGAUUUAGGGGAACUUGACUCCCUUCCAAAAAGCCACAAGGAUGAUAGACCCCAUUCCAAUGACAAGCAACCACACCCAAGCAGUGUGAAUUCAACCAUGGUCAGCGCCGAGCAGGUAUUUGGAUACGGGCGCUAUAAGUUCCAUAGCGCGGGUCGUGAGGAUGUUGAUGUGCGCAUGCUAGGCUCUGGACGGCCCUUUGUUCUCGAAAUAGUGAACCCGUCCAGUGAGGCGGUUUCUGUGGAGAAUUUAUCCCAUUGGGUAGCGGCCAUCAACAGGAGUCAUGGGGGCGGGGUGGAGGUGGAUGACCUGCGCCUGACCAACUCCGGCGUGACCCUGCGCUUGGCCCGUCACUCCGAGAGCAAGUUAAAGCGUUACCGUUGCGUGGUGUGGAGCAGUCGGGCGGUGGGGGACCCUUCCACGGAUCCUUGUGUGGCCAGGGUGAACACCACAACAAACUUGCAAAUCGCUCAAAAGACCCCAAUGCGGGUGCUACAUCGGCGUUCAUUACACGCGCGUUCGCGGGUGAUCCAUUCUAUGCGUCUCACCCCGCUCAACCCUCACUGGCUUAUUUUGGAGCUGGAGACGCAGGCGGGGACGUACGUGAAGGAGUUCGUUCACGGGGACAUGGGCCGUACGGUUCCGAAUUUGGGCACCUUGUUGAAGGCAAGGACGGAUAUUAUACAGCUCGAUGUCAUGGGGAUGGCUAUACAAGACCUAGAUUCUUGA